CCGGACGUGACAGCGCCGGGAGUGAACAUAAUCGCGGCGUUCUCCGGCGCCGUGAGCCCAACAGGGGAGCCAUUCGACAACAGAGCAGUUCCAUACAUAACAAUGUCGGGGACCUCCAUGUCCUGUCCCCAUGUCUCUGGCAUUGUCGGCCUCCUCAAAGCUCUCCACCCCGAAUGGAGCCCUGCUGCCAUCAAAUCUGCCAUAAUGACCUCCGCUAGAGUUAGCGACAACACAAUGAACCUCAUGCUCGACGGCGGCUCCCCUAUCUUUGCUCCAGCCACCCCGUUCGUAUACGGGUCAGGGCACAUCCGCCCCACUGGCGCCAUCGACCCCGGCCUUGUCUACGACCUUUCCCCUAACGAUUACUUGGAAUUCCUCUGCGCCAGCGGCUACACGGAGAAGAACCUUCGAGUAUUCACCGAUGGCAAUUUCAAAUGCCCUGUUUCUGGUUCUAUUUUGAACUUUAAUUACCCUUCUAUUGGGGUUCAGAACUUAACUGGGAGUGUCACCGUUUCUAGAAGGCUGAAGAAUGUUGGCAUGCCGGGGGUUUACAGAGUUAGAGUCCAACAGCCAGAAGGAGUUAAGGUUUCAGUGAAGCCAAACGUUUUGAAGUUUGAGAAGAUUGGAGAGGAGAAGGGGUUUGAAUUGACGAUGACAGGAGCUGUGGCGGAGGGUCAAAUUGGUUAUGGUACGUUGAUUUGGACGGACGACAAACACUUUGUUAGGAGCCCAAUUGUUGUUUCUUCUAGCUUUUUCUGA